CCCAUCUUAUCCAGAUUAGAUUACUGAUUACCUCUAUUUAACACGUUUGUUAAUCAACUUAUCCUUUAUCUGACUACACGCCCUGUCGAAUUCCAUUAUCCGAAUAAAUCUGGUAUUUUUCCUCACCGUUGUCUUCUACAGUUAUAAAUUUACACAGCGCGAAAAAGUCCAUCACUUCUCACUGCAGUUCUCAGGUCAAUUGGCGACAAAUCAUCUGUGAGGGCGUUGAGUCAGUUGACACAUGGAAAAAUUCGGGGAGAAGAUGACAGGGUUGAACGAAGAUCACAAGGUGAGCUUUAAGCCUCAGAGAAGCUUUGCCACCAUCUUCAAAUCCGGAAUCAAGGAGGCUUUAUUUCCUGAUGAUCCAUUCUCUUUCCUAAAGAAAGAGCCUAGUUCUUUACGUCGUGCCAAACUGGCCAUGAAUUAUUUUGUACCAGCCUCUGAAUGGCUCCCGAAAUACAAUCUACAAUUGUUCAAAUACGACGUUCUUGCUGGAAUUACUAUUGCUAGCCUCGCCAUUCCACAAGGCAUUAGCUAUGCCAAGCUUGCUAAUAUUCCCCCCAUCAUUGGCCUUUAUUCCAGCUUUGUCCCGCCCUUAAUUUACGCGGUAUUUGGUAGUUCAAAGUAUGUGGCAAUAGGUACCCUUGCCGCUUCAUCCUUGCUCAUAUCUUCCACACUGGAAGAGAAAGUUUCACCGACAGAAAAUCCUGAUUUGUAUCUUGGUUUAGUAUUUACUGCUACACUCAUAUCUGGCUUGCUUCAGUUAGCUUUGGGAUUGCUGAGGUUAGGGAUUCUAGUGGAUUUCCUAUCUCAUGCUACUAUCACUGGUUUUAUGGGAGGGACUGCGACAUUAAUCUGCCUACAACAAUUGAAGGGCAUUUUUGGAUUGAAGCACUUCACAACCCAUACCAGUAUAGUUGAUGUUCUGCAAGCAAUUUUUAGCCAUACUAAUGAGUGGAGAUGGCAGAGUGCAGUUGUGGGAGUAAUCUUCCUUGUCUUUCUACUGUUCACUAGAUAUGUUAAAGAGAAAAGGCCAAAUUUGUUUUGGGUAUCAGCAAUUGCUCCAAUGCUGUGUGUUAUUAUCGGCUGCAUUUUUGCUUAUUUUGCACAUGCUGAGAAACAUGGCAUCGAAAUUGUUGGUGAGUUAAAAAGAGGACUCAAUCCUCUAUCCUUCAAAGAUAUAAAUUUCGAUCCAAAAUACAUUUCUGCACCUAUAAGAGCUGGGAUUAUCACAGCUUUUAUUGCUUUAGCAGAAGGAAUAGCAAUUGGACGGAGUUUUGCUAUAAUGAAUAAUGAACAAACUGAUGGCAACAAAGAGAUGGUUGCUUUUGGUCUCAUGAACAUAGUUGGAUCUUUCACUUCUUGCUACUUGACAAGUGGGCCAUUUUCAAAAUCAGCAGUGAACUACAAUGCUGGUGCUAAAACUGCAAUGACAAAUGUUGUGAUGGCAUUUUGCAUGUUGUUGGUUCUUCUCUUCUUGGCUCCUCUCUUCAAAUACACUCCACUUGUUACUCUUUCUGCUAUCAUAAUAUCAGCGGUUGUUGGACUCAUCGACUAUCAAAAAGCUUACCACCUAUUUAAGAUAGACAAGUUUGAUUUUCUUAUCUGUAUGGCUGCAUUUCUUGGAGUUAUCUUUAUUAGCAUGGAGAUGGGAAUAAUGAUAUCGGUCGGAAUUUCACUAAUGAGAGCACUUCUGUAUAUAGCAAGACCUGCUAGUUGCAAGCUGGGAUAUAUACCAGACUCAAUGUUGUAUCGUGACGUCGAGCAAUAUCCUGGUGCAACUGGGAUUCCUGGAAUGCUGCUCUUACAACUAGGAUCUCCUAUAUAUUUUGCUAACUGCAGUUAUCUAAGGGACAGAAUUUUAAGGUAUAUUAGAGAUGAGCAAGACAUCUCAAACCCCCAAGCGAAUGAUAUUGUAUACGUUUUGUUAGAUCUUGGAGGAGUUACAUCUAUAGACACAACAGGCGUGGAAGUUCUGUUUGAAAUUCAAAAGAACAUGGAUGCGAAAAAGAUGAAGAUGAUUUUGAUAAACCCUAGACUGGCGGUCAUGGAAAAAUUAAUUACUGGAAGAUUCAUAGACAAGAUUGGGAAGAAGUCAGUUUUCCUAUCAGUUGAAGAUGCAAUUGAAGCAUGCAAAUUUUCGCUUGAAACUCUGAAGGUAACAAAUGGAGAAAAUGUUGUUAAUACAUAGAAAGUGUAUACAACCCUUGAGUGUAUACUGUUGUUCUGUUAUUUCAAUUCAUCAAGUGUUGUUUUGUUCUUUCUAAGUUACUCAAGGCCAACUUGCAAAGAAGUAGGCAUUAAAAGAAUUUGAAUGAAUAUUACAAUAGAUGAAUUCUUAACCAGA